UUCCAGCCAGCUGGAUUUGUGUGGCAGGAGCGCACGAGGCUCUGCGCUUUCGGUCAGCUCGGAGCUUUCCUGGUGUCCCUGGGACAUCCCUGGCAGAGUUAUCCCAAUACACACCCCCCUGGAGAUGUGAUCGUGGUACAGCCCAGAGAAUUCCAGGUUAAAAAGCUGAGGGAUCAGUGUUUGCAGGAGCCACUUUGGAGCUGGAUGUGCCCCGAGCAGCGUCUGACCCCAGCCAGGCAAGGAAGGGGAGAUACAUCUCUAAUUCCAGCCUGUGUCCAGAAGGAAGGGGAAAGGAGCUGACACAGAGGGCCUUUCCAAAACAGGGAAGAUGUCUUCAUCAGUGCAACUCUUCCGAGAUCAGAGGUACCAGGAGCUGAAGGGGCAGUGCCUCCAGCAGGGCCGGCUCUUUGAGGAUCCCGAGUUUCCAGCCUCACAUGAAUCCCUUUACUAUGACUCAGCAGCAAAAGGGAAAGUGGAAUGGAAGCGGCCAAAGGACCUCUGUGAAGAUCCCCACCUGCUUGUGGACGGAAUGAGCUCCCAUGACUUCCACCAGGGCAAGCUGGGGAACUGCUGGUUUGUGGCUGCCUGCUCCUGCCUGGCUCUGAGGAAAAGCCUCUGGCAGCAGGUGAUUCCAGACUAUAAUGAGCAGGAAUGGGACCCCAAAAACCCAAGGAAAUACGCUGGGAUUUUCCGAUUCCGUUUCUGGCGCUUUGGAGAGUGGACAGAGGUGGUGGUUGAUGAUCUGCUGCCAACAGAGAAUGGGGAGCUGAUCUACUGCCAUUCCAACGUGAGAAAUGAAUUCUGGAGUGCUUUGCUGGAGAAAGCUUAUGCUAAGCUGGCUGGAUCCUACCAAGCCCUGGAUGGAGGCUGUGCUGCAGAAGCCCUGGUGGAUUUCACUGGAGCAGUGGCAGAAUCCAUCAAUUUGGCAGAGGGCAGAUAUGGUGAGGUUAUUUAUGAGCAGAUGAAGCUGUUUGAAGACUUGAUGAAAGUGCAUAAAAGAGGAGGGUUCAUCAGCUGCUCCAUUUCGGAGUCCUCUGGCCGCCCCAGCGAAGCAGAGACAGAGCUGGGGCUCAUCGUGGGCCAUGCCUAUUCCGUGACUGCCAUCGGGAAGCUGCGCCUCGGAGAGAGGCUCCUGCUCUCCUUCAAGGCAGAAAAGCUGUUCAUGGUCAGGCUGAGGAAUCCCUGGGGGAAAAAAGAGUGGCACGGUGCUUGGAGCGACAGUUCUGAAGAGUGGAAGAAAGUCAGCGAUUCUGAGCGCAAGAAUUUGGGGCUGACUGUUGAGAACGAUGGGGAGUUCUGGAUGACGUUUGAGGACUGGUGUAAGAAUUUCACAGAUGUGGACAUCUGCAGGACUGUGAACACCUCCUACUUCAGCCUCCACAAGACCUGGGAGAAGGAAAUGAUGUAUGGGGCUUGGACAAAGCAUCCAGAGCCUCUGCUGAACCGAUCUGGGGGCUGCUUUGAUAACAGAGAGACCUUCCUGCAGAACCCCCAGUACCUCUUUGAUGUUAAGAAGGUGGAGGACAAAGUGUUGGUGUCAUUGCAGCAGGAGGAUCGCCGCCAGUACAAGAAAGAAGGGAGAGGAGAGAACAUCACAAUUGGCUUUGAAAUACUCAAGGUGGAGGACAACAGGAGGUACAGGCUGCACAAGCUCACGGUGCAGGAGAGAGUGGCCACGUCUCCCUACUCCAACACACGCAGCGUGUUCCUGAGGAGGAACCUCCAGCAAGGCCGCUACGUCCUCAUCCCAACCACCUACAUCCCAGGUGUCCCCACAAAAUUCAUCCUCAGGCUCUACACAGAUGUGCCCUCAAAACUCAGGGAGCUGAAGGCAGACAGGCCAAAAAUGACGUGUUGGAGUCUCCUUUGUGGCUACCCACGCAGAGUCACCCAAAUCAAGGUCCACUCUGCAGAGGGUUUGCAGAAACAAGACGGAUCAGGAGGAGCAGAUCCCUACGUGCUCAUCAAGUGUGAGAACCAAAGCCGGCGCUCCCCGGUGCAGCACGGCACCACCAGCCCCGUCUUCAACACCCAGGUGAUCUUCUACAGGAAGGACAUCGACAGUCCUGUCACCAUCCAGGUGUGGGACAGCAGGCUCCUGAGCGAUCAGCUGCUGGGGCAGGCGGUGCUGGCAGCCUCCCCCGGUGAGCCCCGGCAGCAGCAGCGGCUGCGGCUGCAGGGCAGGGCCGGCGGGGAAGCGGCGGCGGUGCCGGCUCUCAUCAGCAUCACGGCUCUCUCCAGCGAUGACCUCGCCGAGCUCUGAGCCCCGCGGAGCCAGACGGAGCUGGCAGCUCCGGGGACGCGGAACAUCAGCAUAAUCGCUUUAAAGGGGAUGGGGGGGAAAAAAGCCCCGCGGCUCUCCACAUUAUCAUUGGUAAUGGGCGGAGAGGCGUUGGGAGAGGGGGGAACGCGUUUUUGUACAUAUCUAUGCUCGUGCGGUAGGAGAGGGGCCAAAUGGAACGCUGGCAGGUAAAUUCAUGAGGAUGUGAGCAUCUUCCCAGCAGGCAGGAAUGGCUGCAGCUCCAUCGGGCACCCACCAGCAGCCUGGGGACUGGCAAGUACAGGGGGAUUCACGGAGAUUUCCAACCACAUAGAAGGAUAUUCAAUUCAAUUUCUUAUAGAUUUCACUACACAUUCGGUGUUUCUGUUCCUUGGUAGAAAUGCCACUACUCGAGGAGCUCAGUCACAGCUCGUGGCCUUAAGACCAGUCUUGCUAGGACAUUAAAAUAGAGGGGCAGAUCUCACAGUGCCUGCUUGAACCCUGCAGCAAAUUAGAGCUUUGUCCACACGAAGGCUCUCAGACUGACUUUCUGAUUCUUCUCCACCUCGAGCUGGUGUCUCACAUCUUGCUAUCUCUGUCCAAGGGCAUCUCACAGUUCAGCUGCGGCUUUGCUCAGAGCACGGAUUCAGUAAUGGGAGCCUCCUUGCAUUGUUUAUGCCACAUAAUGCUAAAAAUGGAGUAACAGCCCUCUUGUUUUGGUAGAUGUUGCACCAGCCUGAAAGAGGAGAAAAUGAGCUCGUGAGAAGGGUGGGUUUGUAAAAGCAGGGUGCUGUUCCCUGGCAGGUGUCAGGUCUCACUCUCAAAAUUGUGCAGUCAUUUAUUGCUGGCAUGGCUGAUGUUCGAUGGAGUUUCACUUGGGUAUCACGGAGGAUGGGUGUUAUUUCACAUUUCCUGCCAGCAGGGGUGAGGUGCCAGCUCUUCCCUUGCCCUGCAGCCCGUGGCAGGGUUCCCUCAGCAGCUGUGUGGGGUGGGCACGCUGGGCACUGACCCUGGCAGUGCAUGGGGCUCCCUGUGCCAGACACUCGGAAAUGGAUUUUACACAGCUGCAGAUUCUGGGUGGUAAAGUGAAGCUGAAGAAUUGUUCUGCCUUUUUCACAGCCAGGAAACUGGGAUUUCUCGUAGCCACUUCAGCCACACUGUGUGAUUUUUACAAUUUAUGAAGUGGCCCUUGACAGAGUUAAUGUUGUCACAGGAGGUUUUGAAGUCUCCUCAGGGCUGUGGUAGGAAAAUGCUUUCUCUGACAUGCAGGGAUGGACUGUGGGGCUGGGAAUGAUGCUGCAGUGCCAUCAGCUUAGCUGCAUGUACCAAGGACACAGAUCCAGCUCUUUUCAGACAGUUUGGCACAGCACAGAUCUUGUCAGAGGUGUGAACUACAAGCCCCACAGGCAAGUGACAUUCUCUGUAAGCUCAUGGCUGCAGGGCUGCUUACUCUCAGAAGUGUUUGUAAACUGAGAUUUCUCUUUUUAAAAGCAUAAACUGUCUCAUACAGACCAGAGCUUGGACAAGGGGAACUGCAAAUGUCAGGGCUGCCCUAAUCCUGCACUGACACCUGUUUGGUCUUUGUUUGACCUUUACUUGUCCUCACACACUGUUCCAGGCUGUGGAGCUGCUUCCCACAGUGUUCCCUAUGGGAUGGGGCCAUCCCCAGGGAUUGGCUUGUCCAGGGCUCAGUGUUUAGCCUGGAAAGAUUUCCACUCCGAGAUGGCACCAGAGGUUUGUGCCUCCCUGCCCCACGAUUUGGCUGAGAAAGCUCCUGAGCCUGCUGAGGGCACAAAGCCACCUCAGCUCCAAGCUGGAUGGGAGUCCCUUGGCUCUUUCCUUGGAGCCCAGAGCCCUGGCCCCCAAUGCCAGCACCCUGUUCCAGCCUCUGUAAAGGGCUGUCCCCAGCAGCAGUGGGACAGAGGGAGUGUGAGCAGCAGUUCUUGGGCAGCCUGGCACGGUGGGAAGUCAGGGUGGGGAGCACAGACACGGUGACUUUCAGGCCUUGAUCAUCGUGCCAGCUCCAGCCAUUGUCCCAGUUCGUCCCUGUGUCACGGGGACAGGCACUGCUGGCCAGUGCUGCCCUGAGGGACUGGCAGUGCUGGGAGCCGCGGGAGGCUCAGCAGGAUGUCCAGACCUCUGCAUUGAUCAAUUCUGGGAACUGUUUGGUUUUUCCAUCAGGAGGAGAUGAUCCAGCCUGGGAACACAGCUGGCUCUGCUGGGUUUCACAUGCUUCUGCCUUCCCAGGUGGAGCAAGGCAAGGGCAGGCUGACAGGGGCUUGUGCUGCUGCGUGCUCCUAAUGUUGUUAGUUAAAAUUGUGCAUUUUUUAACAAUAAUCACCAUGUGGAAAACAUGUUGGGGUUGGUUUUUUGGGAGGGGGGAAGGGCUGCAGUUAUGUACGUACUCCAACCACCUCAAAAAUGAAAACAGCUGCAAAUGGAUGUAAAAUAUUUCAUUGCAACCUUUUGUAACUUUUCAAUACGAAGUGACCUAAAUAAAAUUUUACAAAAAAUACAAUUUUAGCGAUUUCUGCGCCGGCGGCGGCCGCGAGAGGGCGCUCGGUGUCCACCCCCACAGGUGUGACCACGGCCAGGUACUGACACCUGCAACACACCCAGAUAAAAACGGUGUUUAAUUUAUAGAGGAUGCCACUCAUUAUCCUAUACACUCUAUUAUAUCUCUCUAUACACUGUAUUACAGUUACAGAAGCGCCUCUGAGUGUAUAUAAAUAUAUAUAUAUAUAUAUAUAUGCACACUACAUAUACACACCCCAA